CUCCCCUCCCCGUCGCCGGGGCUUCCCUUCUCUCUUCAUUCAGCGCUGCCUCGUUGCCGAGCGCUCGUCGCGCUGCUGCCCCGGUAUGUCCCGCAGCCGGGUUCCCCUCAGCGACCGGCCCCUGUAGCGCCGCUACCCGCGCGUGAGGCAGGGCCGAGGGGACGGCGGGGGGGGGGGGGCCGUUGCCCAGCUGCGCCGGGCACCGCGCAGCCAUGGGGGGCUCCUGAGGGGAGCGGCGGGGAAGCGGAACGCCUCGCCCCGUGGCAGCCACUAUGGAGGCGCCGCCGCCGCCGCCACCCGGCGCCCCCAGCGCGGCGGACCCCGCCGGCUGCCCCAAGGACACCGACCGCCAGUUGCGCCUCCGCCUCUGCGUUCUCAACGAGAUCCUCAGCACCGAGAGGGACUACGUGGGGACCCUCCACUUCUUGCAGUCGGCAUUUCUUCACCGGAUCCGCCAGAAUGCUGUGGACAAAGCUGAGAAGUACAUAACAGAGGAGAAUGUUAAGAUCUUAUUUUCUAACAUCGAAGACAUUCUUGGUGUUCACAAGGAGUUCCUGGCUGCCCUGGAAUUUUGUUUACAACCAGAACCUCAGUCCCAGCACGAACUGGGAAAUGUUUUCUUAAAAUUUAAAGACAAAUUCUUUGUGUACGAGGAGUACUGUAGCAACCACGAGAAAGCACUCAGACUGCUGAUGGAGUUGAACAAGAUCCCAACAGUGAGAACAUUCCUCUUGGGUUGCAUGCUUUUGGGAGGCAGAAAGACAACAGACAUUCCACUAGAGGGUUAUCUGCUGACUCCAAUUCAGAGAAUUUGCAAAUAUCCACUUCUGCUUAAGGAAUUAGCUAAGAGGACUCCCUCCAAGCAUCCUGAUCAUCCAGCUGUCCAGAACGCAUUGCAGGCCAUGAAGACGGUCUGCACAAAUAUCAAUGAGACCAAGAGACAGAUGGAGAAACUGGAAGCCCUUGAACAGUUGCAGUCCCACAUUGAAGGAUGGGAGGGGUCAAAUCUGACUGAUAUCUGCACACAGCUUUUGCUCCAAGGGACUUUGUUAAAAAUCUCAGCAGGAAACAUCCAGGAGAGAAUGUUCUUUCUAUUCGAUAACCUUCUGGUCUAUUGCAAGAGAAAAUCCAGGGUUACUGGAAAAAAAACUUCUAAAAGGACAAAGUCAAUCAACGGCUCCCUUUAUAUCUUCAGAGGCCGAAUAAAUACAGAAGUCAUGGAGGUGGAAAAUGUGGAAGAUGGAACAGCAGAUUACCACAGCAACGGCUACACUGUGACAAAUGGGUGGAAGAUACAUAACACAGCCAAGAACAAGUGGUUUGUCUGUAUGGCCAAGACUGCAGAGGACAAACAAAAAUGGCUGGAUGCUAUAAUCAAGGAAAGGGAGCAGAGAGAGAGUUUGAAAUUGGGAAUGGAGAGGGAUGCAUACGUCAUGAUUGCAGAGAAAGGAGAGAAGCUCUACCAAAUGAUGAUGAGCAAGAAAGUGAACCUUAUCAAAGACAGGAGGAGAAAAUUAAGCACUGUUCCCAAGUGCUUUCUUGGCAAUGAGUUUGUAUCAUGGCUCACAGAGAUUGGAGAGAUAAGCAAACCGGAGGAAGGGGUCAACCUGGGACAGGCACUAUUGGAAAAUGGAAUCAUUCAUCAUGUUUCAGAUAAGCACCAGUUUAAGAAUGAGCAGGUGAUGUACAGAUUUCGCUAUGAUGAUGGAACAUACAAGCCAAGAAGUGAAUUGGAAGACAUCAUGUCCAAGGGUGUGAGGCUCUACUGCCGACUGCACUGCCUAUAUACUCCAGUGGUAAAAGACCGUGACUACCACCUAAAGACCUACAAAUCAGUAAUCCCUGCAAGUAAACUAGUGGAUUGGCUUAUUGCACAGGGAGACUGUCAGACUCGGGAGGAAGCUGUCGCACUGGGUGUUGGACUCUGCAAUAAUGGCUUCAUGCAUCAUGUCCUGGAGAAAAGUGAAUUUAAGGACGAAUCCUUAUAUUUCCGCUUUUAUGCUGAUGAGGAGAUGGAAGGCACCAGUUCCAAAAGCAAACAAUUACGUAAUGACUUCAAGCUUGUGGAAAACAUCCUGGGGAAGAGUCUUCUGAUCUUACCAGAAGAGGAUGACUAUGGGUUUGACAUAGAAGAAAAGAACAAAGCAAUUGUGGUGAAGUCAGUUCGACGCGGGUCUUCUGCAGAGAUGGCUGGCCUGCAGACGGGAAGGAAAAUUUAUUCUGUCAACGAGGACUUGAUAUUCCUACGCCCAUUUUCAGAAGUGGAAACCAUCCUGAACCAGUCCUUCAGCUCCCGAAGGCCGCUUAGGCUUCUGGUAGCCACCAAAUCAAAAGAGAUUAUUAAAAUCCCUGAUUGUCCUGAAGCACUUUGCUUUCAGAUACGGGGAGCAGCACCACCAUAUGUUCAUGCAGUAGGAAGAGGCUCUGAGGCUGCAGCUGUAGGCCUACAUCCAGGACAGUGUAUUUUGAAAGUUAAUGGGAAUAAUGCAACACAUGGAAAUUAUAUGGAUGUUCUGGAGCACUUCACAGCCUACAGGACCAGACAACAGGAAGCACUGGGAUUAUACCAGUGGGUGUACAGAACACACGAAGAUGCUGAAGAGGACAGAGUUCAGCAAGCAGCAUCAACUGCGUAUCUGAAUGGCAGUCAUCCUGGCUCCAGCAAAGAAGAUUCAUCACUGGAAGAAGGUGCAGAAUUGGAUCCCCUUCAAAACAGCCAACAGGAAUUAGCCCAGUCACCACAGACCAUCAGCUCUCCACUGGUGAUUGGUGAAGAAACACCUCUCAUCAGCCUGACUGUGGAUAACACCCAUUUGGAGCAUGGGGUGGUGUAUGAGUAUGUCAGCAGUGCAGGAAUCAAAUCCUUUGUCCUGGAGAAAAUUGUGGAACCAAAAGGUUGCUUCAAUCUCACUGCAAAGAUUUUAGAGGCCUUUGCUGUAGAGGACAAUCACUUCGUAAAGAAUUGCAAAAGACUCAUAUCCCUGAGCAGCGCGGUGGCCACCAUGCCCCAGUAUGAAUUCCGGCAAAUCUGUGACACUAAGCUGGAAAGCAUUAGCAGGAGGCUAACCAACUACCAAGAGUUUGCAGAUGACUUGAAAACAAAAGUGAGCCCAGCCUUCAAACAAGCCAUCAUGGAACCACAUUCUCUCAACAGCAUGGAUUUCUGCCCCACCAACUGCCAUAUUAACCUCAUGGAGGUGUCAUACCCCAAAAACACUACCUCAGCAGGGAGGUCGUUCAGCAUUCGCAUUGGACGGAAACCCUCUAUUAUUGGUCUUGAUCCAGAACAAGUAGGUACCUUAAAUCCAGUCUCAUAUACUCAGCAUUGCAUCACCACCAUGGCUGCACCGUCCUGGAGAUGUCUGACCCUAGAAGAUGGAGAUCUUGACAGCAGCUUUGGCCAGCAGAAUGGAGGAGCAAUUCAGGAAGAAAGGGGACUCAGUUUUCUGCUGAAACAGGAAGAUCGGGAGAUACAGGACUCCUACUUGCACCUUUUUAACAAACUUGACAUUGCAGUGAAGGAAAUGAAGCAAUAUGUCAUUCAGAUAAAUAAACUUUUGUCCACCAUAACAGAGCCUACAGAAGGUGGUGCCUGUGAGCCGCCAUCUACUGAGGAGACAUCUCCACCUUCCCUGGGAACAGAAGAGAGUGAUCCUGACAAAGCCGAGCAUGGUGGGAUCAAGAAGGUCUGUUUCAAGGUUUCUGAGGAGGACCAGGAAGACUCUGGCCAGGACACAAUGAGUUACAGAGACUCCUACAGUGAAUGUAACAGUAACCGGGACUCAGUGUUGUCAUACACCAGUGUGCGGAGCAACAGCUCUUACCUGGGCAGCGAUGAGAUGGGAUCAGGAGAUGAGCUUCCCAAUGAUAUGAGGAUUCCUUUAGACAAGCAAGACAAACUUCAUGGCUGUCUGGAACAUCUGUUUAACCAAGUUGACGCAAUCAAUGCACUUCUAAAAGGACCAGUGAUAACUAAGGCCUUUGAAGAAACCAAGCACUUUCCAAUGGACCACAGUUUGCAAGAAUUUAAACAGAAGGAGGAAACCACAGUAAGGUGCCGGAAUAAUAUUCAAGCCAGCAUUCAAGAAGAUCCAUGGAACCUUCCACUGCGCAUCAAGAACCUUGUUGAAAUCAUACAGAAGCAUGUGGAAGAUGGGAAGAACCAGCUGCUUCUGGCCUUGUUAAAAUGCACAGAUACUGAGCUACAGCUGAGACGUGAUUCCAUCUUCUGUCAGUCUUUCGUGGCUGCUAUUUGCACCUUCUCAGAGCAGUUACUGGCUGCUCUCAACUAUCGAUACAACAACAAUGGAGAGUAUGAAGAGAGCAGCAGAGAUGCCAGCAGAAAAUGGCUGGAACAGAUAGCAGCCACCGGUGUUCUACUGAACUACCAGUCUCUCCUCUCCCCUGCUGUGAAGGAGGAGCGCACUAUGCUGGAAGACAUCCAGGUUGCUCUGGCUGAACUGGACAAAGUUGCCUUCUAUUUCAAGCAGCUGGAUGAAAGUCUUGUAGCAAAUACUCAUGUCUUCUACCACAUCGAAGGAAGUCGCCAGGCCUUGAAGGUUAUCUUUUAUCUUGACAGCUACUACUUCUUCAAACUGCCUUCUCGGUUUCAGAAUGGGGGAAGCUUGAAACUGCACAUGGUGCUCUUUACAAAAGCUCUGGAGAGUACAGAGGGGCAAUCACAACUGGCUGGCUCAUCUCUAGAAGAACUUCCACAGCAAAUUAAUAGUAUUUCACUUGACAAAGUGCAGCAAUACUACCGUAAACUCAGGACAUUUUACCUAGAGAGAUCAAACUUGCCCACUGAUUCCAACACUACUGCAGUGAAGAUUGACCAGCUUAUUCGUCCCAUUAAUGCAAUGGAUGAGCUCUGCAGGCUGAUGAAGUCCUUCAUUAAUACAAAACCAACGCAGUCAGGAUAUUCCAGCAGUAACACAUCAGGAGCAGGCCUGCUACCCAUAUCUUCUGAGCUGUGUUACCGACUUGGAGCCUGUCAGAUCACCAUGUGUGGCACUGGGAUGCAGAGGAGUACAUUGAGCGUGUCCCUGGAACAAGCAGCCAUACUGGCGCGAAGUCACGGACUUCUGCCCAAGUGUAUCAUGCAAGCUACAGACAUCAUGAGGAAGCAAGGACCAAGGGUUGAAAUUUCUGCCAAGAAUCUGAAAGUGAUGGACCAAAUGCCACAGUGUGCACCUCGACUCUAUAGGUUGUGCCAGCCACCUACAGAUGGAGAUUUAUAAGCUGAGGAGGCACCUGCCUUGCAGCAUCAAUGGAGUGUUCAGCCAGGAGCAGCCCCACCUAAGGUCCCCCCACAGCACCACCAGCAAUGGUGCUGAGCCCAGAGAGGAGCUGCUUCUGCUGUGGGUUAGUCGGUGAUGAACCUGCUGGCCCCAGACACCAGGAACCUGCCUCUGAGCUCCUGCAGCAUGUGCAGGGAUUCUUGUAUUUCUUUGACUUCUUGAAGAAAUCCAUGAAACAAAUACCCCAGAGCUAAGGUGGGUGUUACUGCCGUUUCCUGGGUGCUUGGCAAAGUGACAGCUCUUUCAAGACAGUACAGGUUUACUGGUGACUUGUGUGUGCUGCCACCUCAAUGUAGUGGACUUCAAGAUACGGAUUGGUUAUGCCUCCUCUCAUGCUCCCCGUACUGCAUCUGGCAUCCAUUUAAUUGCCAGCAUAAUUUUGGUCAGUGUUCUGGAGCAACAGCCUCAGAAACACCACUGUUUCAUCGUGUGAACUGACCCGCACUUUGAAUGACGAGUAGCACAAUCCAUGGUUUAUUCAAACAUGAACAUCAAGAAUGUCUUCUGGAGUAAUUUUCCACUUCAGCCCCACGAGAAGCCAUCUCCCGAUGCUGCAGAGUAUACAUUCCAUAAUCCUUUCUAACAUUACUUCAUUUUACUUACUGUAGCUUUCAGGUUUUUGAUUAACUCUUUUUACUAAUGCCCUGUUAUGUACUCUGGAAAUACAGAACUAUUUAAGAGGAGAAACUGGGAGCGAAAGAUUUUAAAGGAAACUUCACAGAGAAAAAAAAUCCCAUCUUAUAACCUGAUUAUUUGAACAGAUGUAGUUUUUAAAACAGGUCAGAAGAACUAUACUUAUUUAUGUGGAGUGGCAUAUGUGUUUUUGAUCAUGUUAUUAUAUAUACAAGAUUUAAAUAAAAAUUAUAUUGUUUAAAAUGGGACCAAUAUGCUGGCAGUUACACAGCUACUCCCAGUUUACUGAAAAGAAAUCUACAUUAUUUAAAGUCUUUCAAUAUUUAAGUAGUCUUUAAUACAGUUAUUGAGAUGUAUUAGGGGUGCUUCUAAGUUAAAAGAAAAAAGGAAUCAUGUAUAUAAUAUACUUUAUGUUUUUCUUGUUUGAAGCAUUGUUCUCCAUCCUGUCAGUAUUAUCCUAAGCAGAAUAAUUUUUCCCAAAUUAUUGGCUGAAACACAGUGAAACAUGUCAGCAGUCUCAGGACAGACAUACGGUUCUUUUGGAGUGAGUGCCUUAACACGACCGCCCAGCCCCAGGGACUUGGAAUUGCAGCGGAUGCAGGCCAGGGUGUGCAGGGGACUCACCAUGGCUCUGGUUCUCCACAGCCUCCUUUGGAACAGUUCCAAGUCAGGACAUCCCGAAGCGCUUUGCAGUGAUGUACAUUGUAGAAAAUAAAGGUUUGGGGGUUUUAUUUGUGA